UCCUAAAGUAAUAUUAAGUAGAUUCAUACAAUGCAACAGGUGCUUUACAUACAUUUUUUUGGGUUCCCACAACAUUGGAGGUGGGGUUUCACAGGUGUGGAAUUGGAGAUUAAGACAAGUAAUUUGCCCAAGGUCACAUUGCCAAUAAAGGAGGGCCUGCCCUAUGUCUACCAGGCAGUAAAGUCUGUGCCCUUGCCUUUAGACGAUGCAGAUGUGAAAACUGUAGACCAGAACCUCUCAUUCAAAGCCACAAAAGCUGACCUGAGACAGAAACUCAGGCUCCUUACUACUGAUCAAGGAAUCUAUGAUACGUGGCUUCUUCUCACGUCAGGUGCAGGGAGGCCAAGGAAGUGGCCCGGUCCGCGGCAGCCUGGGCCAAGAGUGACUGAGAAGGAGAAGGCAGGCUCCGUUCUGGGCCCUCCAGACCCUCACCCCAGCCAAUGUUGUGAAAAACGCGCUCCCAGGAGGGCCCAGCAGGGCAAAGGGCCAGGCUAGUCUGUUUCUGGAGGAGCCAAUCUGGGGCCGGGGCGGAGGCAGCCAGGUGCAGUGGAAAAACCCUGUACUUGGGGUCAGAAUAUCUGGGUUUCGAUCCAGUCUGGGACCCAGCAAAGACCUACAGCAAGUUACUUACAAGUCCGAGUCUCCUCAUCUGCAAAACUGGGGCACAGAUAAAAUACACUUGAAGGGCACAGGAGCAAAAGUUGGAAUUGUUACGCACCAAAAUUCUAUCAUCCGAUCUGACCACGUCACGGUGCAACUUCCAACAGCGCGUCCCCGGAGAGUCCGGGAACGGAGCCCAGGAAAAACUACAACUCCCAGGAGCGUCGGGCGGGCUGGCCAGGAACCAGCAGAGGAAACUACAACUCCCAGGAGGCGUCGGGCGUGCCGGCGCGGGGCGGUGACGUCGCGGGGGCCGGCGCGGAGCGCUGAUUCGGCCGGAGCUGCCAGCGGGGAGGCUGCCGCCGCGGGUUGUUACAGCUGCUGGAGCAGCAGCGGACCCCGCUCCCGGGAACCGUUCCCGGGCCCUCGAUAUCCGGCCCCGCACGAACAGUGGAGAGGGGCAGCAGGAUGAAUGUGGGCACAGCGCACAGCGAGGUGAACCCCAACACGCGGGUGAUGAACAGCCGUGGCAUCUGGCUCUCCUACGUGCUGGCCAUCGGGCUCCUCCACGUUGUGCUGCUGAGCAUCCCCUUCGUGAGUGUGCCUGUCGUCUGGACCCUCACCAACCUCAUCCACAACAUGGGCAUGUAUAUCUUCCUGCACACGGUGAAGGGGACACCCUUUGAGACCCCGGACCAGGGCAAGGCGAGGCUGCUAACCCACUGGGAGCAGAUGGACUAUGGGGUCCAGUUCACGGCCUCUCGGAAGUUCUUGACCAUCACACCCAUCGUGUUGUACUUCCUCACCAGCUUCUACACUAAGUACGACCAGAUCCACUUCGUCCUCAACACUGUGUCUCUGAUGAGCGUGCUCAUCCCCAAGCUGCCCCAGCUCCACGGAGUCCGGAUUUUUGGAAUCAAUAAGUACUGAGGGUGCAGCCCCUUCCCCUGCCCAGGGUGGCAGGGGAGGGGUAGGGUAAAAGGCAUGUGCUGCGACACUGAAGACAGAAAGAAGAAGCCUCUGGACACUGCCAGAGAUGGGGGUUGAGCCUCUGGGCCUAGUUUCCCCCCUGGCUUCCCCCAGUAGCCAACUUGGAGUAGCUUGUAGUGGGGUUGGGGUAGGCCCCCCGGGCUCUGACUUUUUCUGAAGUUUUUGAUCUUUUCCUUUUGCUUUUUGAAUAGAGACUCCAUGGAGGUGGUCAUGGAAUGGGCUUGGCUCCUGGGCUGAACAUGGACCACGCAGUUGGGACAGGAGGCCAGGGGAAAAACCCCUGCUCACUUGUUUGCCCUCAGGCAGCCAAAGCACUUUAACCCCUGUGGAGGGAGCGGAGGGCGGUACGGCUUCUGGAUUGUGUCACUGUGAUUCCUAGGUUUUUUCGAUGACACGCAGUGUGUGCUUUUGUGUAUGGAAGCAAGUGUGGGAUGGGGCCUUGCCCUUCUGGGUAGAGAGCUGUCUGAUCCAAGUCUCAGGCUUUUGGCAGCUUCCCUGCAGCGCACCCGGGGCCCUGGGUGGGAGUGGGGAGGGUCAGGUGGGGGGAGAUGGGGUGGAGUGUGGAUGGCUUGGUCCCAGAGGUGAGGGGCCAGGAUUGCUGCCAUCCUGGCCUGGUGGAGGUUGGGGAGCUGUAGGGGGUUAAUGAGUCGAGACUUAGAAGAAUGGGGCCACAUAGCAGCAGAGGACUGGUGUAAGGGAGGGAGGGGUAGGGACACGAGCUAGACCCAGUCUCCUUUGGGAUGUGGGCAGGGAGGGAAGCAGGCUUGGAGCGUUGAUUUACCCACAGAAUGUGAUAGUAAUAGGGGAGGGAGGCUGCUGUGGGCUUAACUCCUGGGUUGGCUGUUGGGUGGACAGGUGGGGAAAAGGCCCAUGAGUCAUUGUAAGCACAGGUCCAACUUGGCCCUGACUCCCGCAGGGGUACGGGGAAGCUGUGACGGAAACAAUGGAUGCUGUGGUCCUCUGCAGGCCCUCACCCCUUAGCUUCCUCAUGCAGACUGGCACUGGGCAGGGCCUCUUAUGUGGCAGGCACAUGUGGCGCUGUGAGGCCACCCCACGUGGGGUCGGUGGUGAGAGUCCUGUAGGAUCCCUGCUCAAGCAGCACAGAGGAAGGAGCAAGGCGUGGCCUGUAGGCACUGUCUCAGCCUGCAGAGAAGAAAGUGAGGCCGGGAGCCUGAGCCUGGGCCGGGGCCUCCUCCCUCCCCAGUUCGACUAGGGACAGUGUUAAUUUUGAAAAGGCGUGGGUCCCUGUGUCCUCUUCCAGGGGCCUGAGGGAGCAGGAGAGGUCACUGGGCCUGUUUUCUGCCUCCUGGCCCUGCAUCUCCCACCCCAUGUAUCAUAGGGAACUUUCACCUUAAAAUCUUUCUAAGCAAAGUGUGAAUAGGAUUUUUACUCCCUUUGUACAGUAUUCUGAGAAACGCAAAUAAAAGGGCAACAUGUUCCUGUU